AUGAGGCUGGAGUUGGACUUGAUGGCAGCAAGAGAGGAUGCUGAUGCUGCUGGUUCACAGACUCUGUUUGCAAAUUCCUGGUCUAACCCCACACAUUUAUUUGCAGUAACUAAGCUGUGGAUAGAGGAAAUGAAUUACCAGGAAAUUGGAAACCACACCAAAGUGACAGAAUUCAUUCUCGUGGGACUGUCCGAGCACCCCACAUCCCAGAGUGUUCUCUUCUGGACCCUGAUGUUUCUCUACAUAGUAACUUUGGCAGGAAACAGCAUGAUUAUUUUCCUGGUAGGUGUCAGUUCUCAGCUCCACACCCCAAUGUAUUUUUUCCUUGGCAACUUGUCUUUACUGGACCUCCUGUUUUCCACCAGUGCUGUACCCCUGAUCAUGGUGAACUCACUGCAGAACUUCCCCACCAUCUCCUACACCUCCUGUUUUGUCCAGCUUGCCAUCCGAGCCUUCUUGGCACUGGCUGAGUGUUUCCUUCUUGCCAUUAUGGCUUAUGACAGAUUCAUAGCUAUCUCAGAUCCACUCAGGUACAGGCUGAUCAUGUCUGUUCGAGUAUGUAUUUUAAUGGCUUUGAUUGCAUGGGUGACAGGAUUACUGCUCACUAUUAUGCCCAUUCUGCUCUUUCCUAUCAGUUUCUGUGGGCAUAAUGCAGUCAAUCAUUUCUCCUGUGAAGUCCAAGCAAUCUUUAAAUUGCUCUGUUCUGACACCUUUUCCUUAGAGGUUAUGAUGAUGGUAUGUGCUGUCAUUUCAAUGCCAGUACCUUUACUUUUCAUCCUUAUCUCUUACCUUUGUAUUCUCAGAGCCGUCUUAAGAAUCAAUCCAACUGAGGCCAGGCUUAAAGCUUUUUCCACAUGUGGCUCUCACUUGGUAGUUGUCACCAUCUACUUUGGGACACUAAUCUGUAUUUAUGUGAGACCUCAGACCAAAGAGCCCCAGGAUGGGGACAAAAUUGUCUCCAUAUUUUAUGCAGCAGUGACCCCAAUGCUAAAUCCCCUCAUCUAUACCCUGAGAAAUAAGGAAGUGAAAGCUGCUCUCAGAAAAGUAACUUGUGGGGUCAAGUCCUGA